AUGCAAACUCGCCAGGCACGGCUCCUGGCGAAAAUAGAUAAAAGACCUAAAACACCUUCAUUUUAUCUUUCUAGGUCAAAUAUGAAUCAUUCUUUAUCAUCAACAAACCAUCCUCCUUCGCAUAAACCUACCAUACCUAAUCCAAUAAUAAGAGACCAAAUUAUAUUAUAUCGCAUACUUGGUAAUGAUCUCCCACCACGUCAUAAAGCUGGACAGACAUUAAAAAAUGUGAGAUUUAUAUUAGAACAUGAAGUAGAAUUUUUAAAUACAAAAAAAUGGUGGUUACUUAAUCGAAUUGCGGAUUCUGAUUAUGAAGAUACAUUAAUUAAUCUUUUAAGAUUACAUAAACAAGAUUAUAUUAGAAUACCUUUUAAUGAAGAUGAAUAUUCAAAACUUGAUUUUCGUCUUGAAGACUUUCCAAAACCUGAUUUUUUCAAUUCGGAUGAAUUCGCUCGCUUUUCAAGGGGUGCAAAAUUAAGAUCGAUUGAUUAUACUUAUUUUGAUAAAAAUUUAUAUGCUAUGAAUAAU